UAUGUGGGAUAUGUUUAAAGGAACAGUGAUACAUUUGAAGACUGAAAUAUCAGUAAAAGGAGUUCUACUAAGCUUAGCAGGAGUAACGUUUAUUAGUAUAUAUGGGAUGGAUCAAGAAAAACUGCAAAACCUUAAACCAUUUGUGGACUUUGGGGCUCAAGUGGUUGCACUCCUUAGUGGUUCAGUUGUUAUCGUCUUGAAACUCUCAAGCAUUUCAUCACUAAAACGGCUAUGGCAGAGCUACAAGGGUGGCUCAUUGAAAGAAAAACUGAAAAAAUCCCUCAAUGAAGAGGAAGAAUUGAAGGAACUGAGCCAAGGAGAAGAGAUAGACGUGGAGGUUACAAUAGAUGAGGAAGAAUACCAUGCAGUUCUUUGGAACCUUAUCCUCUUGAAUGUAAAAGGUAAAUCAAUGAAGAAUGAUAAAAGUCAGCGAAGGCACUCAGUAUGCUGUGAACGAGAUGUCUCUGAAGACAGAAGUAAAACAGUAGUUGUAAAAGGUAAACCAAUGAAGGAUGCUAGAAUAAAGCGCAGGCACUCAGUAUGCUGUGAACGAGAUAUUCCUGAAGACAUAGAUGUGAAAGAAAUAAACCGGAUAGCAGCUCGUUGGGCAGCUUUCAAAAAAGAAAAAGAAAUUGCUCGUCAGUGCAGGCUGUUAAUCGAUGGUGGAACACGUGCCUUAAGAGAUGUAUUCGAUUCUAUCCAUUCACCAAGCUCUCUUCACAGCACACUACUCAGUACAAAAAUACUUUCUACUCUUAAGGGCCUGAGAGCAGAGAAGAAUCUAUCCGAACAACAGUGGGACAGACUCUAUCCUGCUAGCAGAAGCAAAGCUGUCACUUCAGCAGAUUUUGACAUUACACUGUUAUUUGUACUGUUGCGUAAUAUAUGUGGUCUAACACCCCCACCAACGGGAUGGGACAAGCCUCCUGCAGCUACAGACCUGAGUAGAGAAGCUGAUUUGGCUCGAGUCAAAUAUUAUAGAAAUGAACUUUAUGAACACAUCACAGAAACAGCUGUUAGUGACUGUGAUUUUGAGAAAUACUGGAGUGAGAUCUCAGAUGUGUUGGUGAGACUAGGUGGACCUCAUUACAAACCAGAGAUCGAGAGAUUCAAAAUAGAAGCAAUGGACCCUGAAGAUGAAAAAUAUUUCAUUGGAGCACUUAAGGAGUGGGAAGAAAUGGAGCUAAAAUUAAAAUUACUUCCUAAGAGGGCGAAAAGAGAUUCAGCUGAAGGUAAAACAAUGAGGGAUACUAAAAGUCAGCAUAGGGACUCAGUAUGCUAUGAACGAGAUGCUCCUGAAGAUAGCAGUAAACCAAUGGAUGUACAAGUUAAAGAGACAUUGCUUCUCCUCUCCUGUCGUCUCUUCUUCUGUCUUCUCAUUGUUAACAAUAUCCACGAAGCACUAGACAGUGAAUUACCAAUGCCACAAAAAGAUGAAGAGUUCAAAAAACCAUGGGAAUCAAGUGAGCUACUUGAUCUAAUAACAUCGUCCGAUAACUCUAAAGAUCAUCGUGAAAGGAUCAGAAAGAUGAAGUUAAAACUGAAAAAUGAUUACUAUGAAAAAAAGGCUAUAGAACUUAAUCGUAUACGAGUAAUUCAAGAAAAGUUGAAUGGGAAUUUGCACUUUCUAAGAAGUAUAACAUGCUGUCAACAACAAGGAACAAGAGUCUAACGGAAAUUAAACCUACCACUUUAACAAGUCACUUUAAAGAUCACUUCAGGAAGAGAGAAGAUAUUGAUAUGCCCGAAGAACUUGUACACCCUGAAAGGUAUCCAGAACUAUUCAACGAUUAGAAAAUGGAUAUAAAUUCAGAUCCACCUA